GCUAUAGGCCCAGGCCUAGAUAAAGUUCGAGGAGAGAAACAUAGAGUAUUAUGGGAUAACCACAUUCCUUACAUGUGUUUGUCACGACCGAUGGUAUACGACUGCCACCAUGGCAAGGACAGGAAGGUUGCCUUUAAAAAGAAAUAUAAAGCAGGAAAAAAGGGUGGCCCUGACCACGUAUGGCAAAGGAACAACUUAAUGAUUCAAGACACCAAAAAAUUAGGUUGCCCAGCAAAAAUUACAGUCAAUGAAAUCAUUACAUUCCCACAGUUCAAGGUUGAGAAAGACACCAAGUCUUACAGGGAUAAAUCCUCAAAGGCAAUUAAAAAAGCACUGUCAACAUUGUGCAUAGAAAACGUCAGAAAAGAACUGCAUGUGUGCCUACCGGAUAUGAGUGAUCACAGGAAUCAUCCUGUUGGAGAGGGAAGUGGUGUUUCACUGGUGAUGGACAAGCGUGUGCUAAACUACCUCUGCGACAUGGUUAGAGAAGGAGUCGGUACGGUGUUAGAGAUGAAGCGGCACUUAUGUUGGUUCGUCAAGAACAUGUUUGCUGGACGAGAGCUACCACCACGUACCAAUCGUGCCUUUUUCCCAACCAAGGCAGACAUACGCGCUCAUAUGUGCCGUGCCAAGCAAAAAAUGAACAGCAGUAAUGAAGAUAGUAUUAAUAUCAUUCAGUGUGAUAAUGAUAUUACAGGUGGAAUCGAAUCUACUACUAACGUUACAGAAUAUAGGCAGCUACCCACAAAAAGCCAUACUCCACGUGCUCGAGGACCCAAGUGCAGGGAGCUGCUGAAGUCAAUAAACAAUCUAACAUACGUACUAGAUGACAGUACGCUCAAUGAUGUAGAAGUUGGCCUCCACCAGAUGUACCUGAAAUUAAAACAAUCUGCUCACAAAAGCAGCGGGCUUAUAGUUAAGGAAAAGUUACCGUCGAAAAGAAAAUCUGAGUUGUUGACAGAAUCUCAGCCAACAAAAAAGCUCAGAUAUUCAAAACUAAAAAUGCCAAAAAAACGACACCCGGCAACUGGGCGAUUUGGCACUUCUGCUGAAAUGUUGAAAAAUAACUAUUUAGUAAAUGUGAAUGCUCAGCUGAAUGACAGCACACCAAGUGUUUAGGAGGCCGCUUUAGACAAGUUGAACGUCUUGGCAGCACGGUAGUAACGCAGUCACCACAUCAUUCGUCCUCACCACAGCUAAGGAGAGAGUAAGUAUUGGAACAGUACCACCACCAGGCUCUUGACGCAGAAGCUCAUCGUCUAGCUCUUGCACAGCCCUUUCCGCGACCGGAUUCUUAUUGGCAUUCUUCACACGACUAACUUCAAUGCAAAUCCUAUGGCGUCUCAACAGGUCAAUGAGGUGACGAAUCCCGGAGCAUGGCCAGUACGCACAAUGGUAACAGGUCCAUGCAUAGGUCGUAGCCCAAUGUCAAAUUCGAAUAAUGUCAAUGCCAAAGUCGAAUAAGUGCAUCACGUCGUAACAGGACGUGAUGGUCGCUGUCAAUCAGGCAUGCGGCUGUGGUUGACAUCACACAUUCUCUGACAACAAGCACGCGUUGUCGCUCGUGCUUGAGGACGUCAGCUGCAAAUCCUACCCACACUGCCACUGGAGGGCCCCUGUAGACUGCUGCACAAGGGUAUGUGGAACACAUGUCAAUGAAGUCCAUUGCUGGCAUGAGGUGGUCAGUGACACAGGGGCGCAUUGCGACUGGCAAAAUCCGAGAGCACAUUUGCGGAGCCCGCUAGGAGACGCAACGACAACUGAUAGCGGCUGACUACGGUUAAGAACGUUGAUACCCUAGAUGAAAACUCACCACGACACAGGUUUUCAAAUGCCUGGACGCAAUGCUGGCCAUGCUUGCUAUCUGUGGGGACACACGUUCUAUGACGAGACUGAGUGACAUACGUUGAAUGUGUGUUGAAAUGUGGCGAUUGAUUCAAUUGAACUCGACGGACUGGCGUAUAAUAUAACCAUCUUUUAGUUAUUGUGAACAUAUUUAUCAAUCCUGUGGAGUUAAAUAUACAUGUAUCAAGGUGUUUAUUAAUAUUGUCUUUUAUAAUGGUUCUGUACCCAUUGAUAACUUGUGUGUAUGUAUAUGGAAAAGUUACAACUGUCACUAGUGUACAAAAUGUCUCUUGAUGAAACAUUAAAUUGGGUUGAUUAUAUUAACCAAAUUUGUAAAUCA